ACCUCCCUUUUCUAUUUUCUUUCCCGUCUUCUCUUUACCAUUCAACAAGCUUAUGCACAUCCACCCAUUCUCUCAGAUCAGAUUCCAUCAUUUUGUCCAGUGGGUAACUGGAGUUUCAUAUCAACGGGAAGAAACAAAACAUGGGUCGUGGAAAGAUCGAGAUCAAGAGGAUUGAGAAUUCUACUAACAGGCAGGUCACCUACUCCAAGCGAAGAAAUGGAAUUUUCAAGAAAGCACAAGAGCUCACUGUUCUUUGUGAUGCUAAAGUUUCUCUUAUCAUGUUCUCGAAUACUGGAAAAUUCCAUGAGUUCAUUAGCCCUACCAUAACGACAAAGAAGAUGUUUGAUCAGUAUCAGAAGGCUUUAGGGAUAGAUCUGUGGAGCACGCAUUAUGAGAGAAUGCAAGAGCACCUAGGAAAGCUGAGAGAGAUCAAUAACAAGCUGAGAAGAGACAUCAGGCAGAGGAUGGGUGAGGAUUUAAAUGAUGUGAGCAUCCUUGAGCUGCGCGAUCUUGAGGAAAGAAUGGCUUCUGCAUUGGAGUUUGUACGUGACAGGAAGUAUCAUGUGAUCAAAACACAGACAGAAACCUGCAGAAAGAAGGUAAGAAAUUUAGAGGAAAGACAUGGAGACCUUCUGCUUGAAUUUGAAGCGAAAUGUGAGGAUCUGCAAUACGGUUUAGUGGAGAAUGAAGGAGAUUAUGAGUCAGCAAUUACAAUUGCAAAUGGAGCAUCCAACUUGUAUGCUUUCCGGCUGCAACACGGCCACCCCACGGCCAAUGGAGGAGGGUUUGGAUCCCAUGAACUCCGCCUUGCUUGAGUGACGCUACUUAAAUUCCCUCCAUAGACAUCUACUUAAUCUUAUAAAUGGUUGUUUAAUAAGAUGUUGGCAUUGAACUUCCUUGUAGUCUGCUUUACAUAAUAUAUAUGAGCUUUGCGUAUCGCUUGGCCGGAAACUUAGAUGGGUGGCUUUGAGGGGUAUGGCUUCUUUUGAGUCAUGUGCUUGAAGU